GACGGAGCAAUGCUGCGGCAUCUACUGAGGAAGCGGCGCACAGCAGACGACUGAGAUUAUAGAGAAACACUCGGAAGAAAUGCUAGCGAUGAUCAGUGAGAGGCGGGCGGAGCUGGAGCAGCAAGCUAGAGAACUCCACGGGAUGAAGCACCUCACUGUGAAGGAUUCCCGCUACUCCAACCUGCUGCAGACGAAAGGCAGACCGAUGUCGCAGACCCGUGACGUGACGGUGUCGUCAGCGCCGCCGCCGCCAUCGCCACCGGUCAACCGGAAGGUCGACCUCUAUGAUGACCCCUCCGUAUUCGACGUCAUAGACAGAGAAGCGAUCGAAGUUGCCAGCGAGGACCAAUCAACGUUUACGGAGCUCGUGCGGCAGCUGACGAGAAACUGCGUAACAGAUGUGGAGAAGGCCAGGGUGAUAUUUCGCUGGAUUACUGUGACGAACCUGAACACUAUGGAGUUUAAUGAGACGCAUGUGGAUGCGGACACGCCGAUGGGACUGCUGCGAGGCAUCAAGGUGGGCACGGAGAGCUACCACGUGCUCUUCAGACGUCUCUGCAGCUACGCGGGUCUACACGGCAUGGUCAUCAAAGGAUUCUCUAAGAGCGCCGGAUACCUCCCCGGAAAGAAAUUCGACGACAAGCGUUUCCGCAACACGUGGAACGCCGUCUAUGUCGCCGGCAGCUGGCGCUUCGUGCAGUGCAACUGGGGCGCGCGCCACCUGGUGAACGCAAAGGACGCGCCGCGACCGAGCGAGCAGUCGCAGGUCGACAACCUGCGCUACGAGUACGACGACCACUACUUCCUCACCGACCCCGACCAGUUCAUCUACGAGUUCUUCCCUUGCCAGCCCGAGUGGCAGCUGCUGCGUCACCCGCUCGCACUGCAGCAGUUCGAGAACCUGCCGUUCGUCCGCUCGUUGUUCUUCAAGUACGGACUGCGGUUCGCGGACGAACGCCAGUCGGCUGUCAUGGUAACGGACGCCAUCGGAGCGGUGACGGCGCGAGUGCUCAUGCCGCGCGCCUUGGUGGAGAACCUCGUGUUUCACUACAACCUGCGCCUGGAGGGCAGCGACGCUGACGUCAUGGAUGGCGUCAGCAUGCGACGCUACGUCAUGCAGACGAUCGUCGGUAACAGCGUCGUGUUUAAGGUGCACACGGCGCUGAAGGGCCGCUACAUCCUCGACGUAUUUGCCAACCUGAUCACCGCCGGACAUAAUUACCUGACGGGCAAGCCGAUGCGCUUCAAGUCCGUCUGUAAGCUGGGCAUCGCCUGCACGCACCUAGAGCGCAGCAUGGUGCCUCUGCCGGACUGCGCGACGGGCGAGUGGGGUCCGCUGAAGGCUUACAAGCUGUUUGGUCUCAUCCCGCGCUCGCACGAAAACGCCGUCAUCAACACCGGCGGCGACGUGCGGCUGUCGUUCGUAAUGAGACGUCCACUACGCAACUUCCAGACAGCCUUGCGUCAGAACGGCGCCGACGAGAAGGUGCUAUCCCGCUACGUGAAGAAGGUGCUAACCGACGAAACCGUCACAUUCGACAUCCGCUUUCCGAGCGACGGUCAGUACGGACUGGACAUCUACACGCGCGAGGUGGCGGCCGCCGCCGCCGAUGUCGGCGCAGACGACAGGGGGAAGCAGCAGAAGCAGCUGCUAACACACUGCUGUAAAUACCUGAUAAACGUGCGUCAGCGCUGAGGGUGGGGCGGGCGAGGAGGGUCGACUGAUACGAGAAACACGGACGAACGGUUGUCAUUCAUAAAAUACAAUCAAUCCUGCGUUACAAUCAUGCAUGCGCAUAUGUGCACGCACGUGAAAGCCCCCAACAUUCCACGCGCAAUAACUAUAUAGUAUAGUAUAGAACUACAGUCGCUAUUAACUCA